GAGGCUAUUAAUAAACAUUAAAUUUUUCAGCCAGUAUCUGGGCAGAAUGAAGCAGCAGUGGUUUGUAGUCGUGCUGCUGUUGGUGGCUGCUGCAGCUGCGACGGAGAAGCAGAAGAGCGACAAAAAGCACAACAAAAUCAGCGAGAUCGAGAAGAAACUGGAUGCUCUUCUUGAGCUUGAAGCCGAGCUGGAAAAUGAGAUAAUUGACGCCGCAAAAGACGAAGAAGAAGGCGAUGCUGAAGAGGAAGAGGCCCAGGACAUGCAGCGGGAAGACCCUAAAAUCUAUCAGAUCGACGUCCAAGAAGACCCAUGCGCGGGCGUCCCAUGUCCCGCCGGCCGUUCUUGCGUCGUGACGAUGUCGGGCAAAGGCGCCUGCCAGUGCGUCACCGCCUGCGAGGAGGAGACCGACCCCAGGAGGAGGGUGUGCAGUAACCACAAUGAAACAUGGAUGACAGACUGCGACCUGCACCGCCAGCGAUGCCUGUGCGAAGACGGGCUCGCCGGCUGUCAGGACGACAAGUACAAACAUCUUCACAUCGACUACUAUGGCCAGUGCCAGCAGUUGCCGGAAUGUGAGCCAGAGGAUCUAGCAGACUUCCCGCGGCGCAUGCGCGAGUGGCUGUUCAGCGUGAUGCGUGACAUGGCCGACCGCCACAUCCUGUCGGCGCACUACGAGAAGCUCGAGCGCGAGGCCGAGGAUGACGAGACUCAGAAGUGGAGUAACGCUGUCGUCUGGAAGUGGUGUGAUCUCGACGGACCACCUAAAGACAAGGUGGUGUCCCGUCACGAGCUAUUCCCCCUGCGCGCCCCGCUCCUCACCCUGGAGCACUGCAUCGCCCCCUUCCUGGACUCUUGUGACCCUAACGACGACCACAAGAUAACUCUCAAGGAAUGGGGCGUCUGCCUAAAACUCGAUGAGGAGGACGUGGCUGACAUGGACGAUCUGUGUGAAGACAUCCGUGACCAAGAGGCCAAGCCAGUGAAAAAAAUCUAAAACACUUUUAGAUUUAGCGUAAAAACAUUCAUAUUCGGACUCACUUUUUUGUGCACUUGAUAGACUAUUGCGAUAGACUAUUUGUAUGGUAACGAGAUCUCGGUUCAAACAGUUCAUGACAAAAUAUUCAUUUUUAAACCUUUCUUUUAGUUAGCGAACUUCUGUUUUCUUUUGGUUUUUAAUCUUACAUUGCUCUGUAUUUUUAAGUUAAAUCUUACUAAAUAACAUUUUACGAAUAUACCACUGCCAUUUUGUAGCAAUUAACAGUUAAGAAAUGCAAAACAACUCAAGCCAGAAGUCAUCAUGAAUCAAAAAUAUCGCCUCCGAAAUCACAUUUAAUAAAGAGCAUGCAACUAUCGUCGUAUUUUAUCCAAUGAACGUUAUUGAUGAACGUUGAACACAGCGAUCUGCUAAUUCUUCGUCGCGAUGAUUAUAAUUUUCGGUAUUUUUUUUUUUAAAUUGAAUCCGUGUUCUUAUGGAUAGUUUGUACGAAUAAAGCAAAAUGCGCACGAAGGGCAUCACAAACAACAGAGGUAUAUGUGUUUUUACUUGAAUUUUAUCAGCAACGUAGUAUCAGGAGCGAAUUUACAGCGUAUUAUUAAUCAGUUUCGUCAGAUGUCAUAGCAGAAUAUAUAAAUAUAUUCGCGAUAAGCAUUA